AUGUCCUCUGAUUCCUCAAACUUGUAUGGUGAUUAUGUACCGUCUAAUGUUGCAGCAAUUGUGCUUGCCGUUAUAUUUCUUAUCCUCACUGUGUUGCAUAUAUGGAAAAUCAUCACAACUCGACAUUGGUUCGCCUUGGCUACUGUGACUGGCGGUAUCUUCGAAGUGAUCGGUCUUGCGGCGCGAGCCGUCUCUCACCAUGACUUAUCCUCCAAGGCUCCAUAUAUUGUUCAAGUCCUGCUCAUCCUUCUCGCUCCUGUUAUCUUCUCCGCCUCUAUCUACAUGUUCCUCGGACGCUUGAUACGCGCAUCAGGGUACCCUCAACUGUCGUUCAUUCGGAUAAACUGGUUGACGAAGAUCUUCGUUUGCGGUGACAUAUUGUGCUUUUUCGUCCAAGCCGGCGGGGCCAGUAAGCUCGUGAACGCCAAAACUUCGACUGAAAUAUCAUCGGCACAGAACACUGUCCUUGGCGGCCUCGGUCUCCAAGUUUUUUGUUUCUGCAUCUUCAUGCUUUGCGCUGUGGUCUUCCAUGUUCGCGUCUCUAGGCGCCAUAUUGCGAGCAACAUCGACCCAUCACUCCGUUUAAGCACGAUGCUUUUCUCGCUGUAUUUUUGCAGCCUUUGCAUUGUCGUCCGCAAUAUCUAUCGUCUUAUUGAGUAUCAGGCCGGAGAAUCGGGAUAUCUGCAGACGCAUGAAUGGCCUUCUUACGCCCUCGACGUUGCACUCAUGGCUCUUCUGAUGAUGACCAGUUUGAUUUGGUAUUUUGCGGACACCAAGGCCAAUGGCCCUGCAUCGUACCCAUUGAACAGUUGCGGUGAAGACGCUUGA